AUGCAGGGCUUCAACAUGGGACGAUAUGUCCCCCCGGACCAAGAAGGCCUAACAACAGGCAACAAACUCGCCGGAAAGCACGCACUCGGCGCGCGCGCCCGCCACCUCCACACAACAGGCGCACUGAUCGUGCGGUUCGAGAUGCCCUUCGCAGGCGUACGGUUCAACGCAGAGAAGAAAAAAGUAGGCAACUACUACUCGACGCCGAUAUACAGCUUCCGCAUGAAACACACCGUCUGCGGCGGAACGAUCGAGAUCAAGACCGACCCACAGAACACGGCGUAUGUCGUUACCGAGGGUGGACGGAAACGCGAUACUGGCGAGGACAAGGAGCUGCAGCCUGGAGAAAUAGCUAUCAAGCCGUAUGCGCGAGAGAUUGAUCCCGCGGAGAAGGAUCCGUUUUCGAAGAUCGAGGGGAAGGUUGAGGAUAAGAUUCGGGCGAAGACGGAGGCGGCUCGCAUUCUUGAGCUGCAGGAACGGCAGAAUCGGGAUUGGGAGGAUCCGUAUGAGAAGUCUAUGCGGUUGCGGAGGACGUUUCGGCAGGAGAGGAAGGGGCUUGAGAAGGCUCAGGCUAAGAGUGAGGCUCUUAAGGAUAAAAUGAGUCUUGGGAUUGAGCUCUUAGAUGAGACAGAGGUGGAUCGGCAGAUGGCGAGUAUGGUGGGGUUUGGGCAGGAUCCUAAUACUCUCAGCUCGCAUGCUGCCCGGGUGACUCGUCUUCGGCCUAUGUUCGAGCAGCGGGAGGAAAAGCCUGCAGGAAGUACGGGGCCUGGAGAGAAAAAAUCUCGUUCCUCGAGGAGGCCUAGGAAGGAUGAUAUGGCUGAGACCCCGAAAGCUUCUCUCCGCCGUGAGCUGGCUGGGAAUACUCGUGCUAUCAUUGAUCCGUUCUUGGUGGAUGCUGAUGAUAAGAAUGCAUGGCAGCCUAGCAUCAAGAAGAGGAAAACCGCUGCCUCUUCAACUCCAUCCCUCCGCGAAGAUCCCAGUGGCACAGAAGUUGAUUCCUCUGCUGUGGCACCAACACCAGCGCUGGUCAGCUACGCUUCCGACUCGGAGUGA